AUGCCCCCCAGACAAUACCCGACGAACAAACAAGUAUUUGGACCUCCACAAAACGUUUUCAGACCGAACCAAAAACCCAUGCACCAACUUCCUAAACCAACACCUAUGUCAACGACUUCAAGAAAUUCUUCCACAUUAUCACAAAGACAAAGAUGGCCAAAUAAUAACAAUUACAAUCGAAAUCAACAAUUUCGAAAUUCUGGACAGAAUUCAAAUUUUACUUCCGAAGAGCUAUUCACAAACGAUUACGACCAAUCAGACGAACAACAUUACUAUCAGAACCAAAAUACGGACGAUAAUGACCAAAAUCAAAUGUAUUAUAACUAUGACAAGACAGAAAAUGAAAAUUUUAUCCAAACGAGCCAACAAGGAACACCUUAG